AUGGACUCCAACCGCACCAGACUCCACGGCAAGCCGCUCGGAACACCAUCUAACCUCCACCAGCAGAGCCGUGUAACCACCCCUCCCGGCUCCCAAGACCAAGGCCGUCGAGCAAGCCCACCUCUUCGGUCCACCCAGAAGAGCAACGGCGGUGGCAUUCCCCCCACCAAGGAGAAGGGGAAACUAUCCCUCAAGCCAUCGCUCUCGCACCUCAAUCCGCUUUCCUCGGUGUUCCAGCCAAGUAAAGGCGCAGAGCUGACCGUAACCAAGGUUCGCGACCAUGGCCCAGAAACUGCCUAUGAAUCCGACAACCCUCGAAGCAAUGCCCUCUCCCGACUCUCUCUUCAGUCCAAUGCCAGCACCAUCAUCGCUACUCCAACCUCCCAGAUGUCAUUUGCACAAAACUCUCCCUCUCCUGGCAUGACGUGGACGACUGGUUCCCUCUCGUCCCAGAACCCCUACACACCUCCUCACCCCGGCAAGACCGCCACCUACGACAAAGAAACAACCGGCUUGUUCGCCCCCCGGCUCAACGGUAACCGCUUCGACCGCCGCUGGGAGGCUGCCGGGGAAGAGAACCCCGGCAAAUUUCUGAUUAUCACGAACAUCCCCAAGUCCGCCAGUGGCGAGGAUGUCAGAGACGUUGUCAAGCGCAUUACUCCCGAUGCUAACCGAUUCCAGGACAUUGCUCCGUAUCGCGCCAUCAUCGUCAAGCUUCUGAAGACGAAAGGAUGGGUCAUCGCCGUGUUCUAUGACACGAGGGAUUCAAAGAGGGUAUACGACAGGCUCUGCCGAAGCCCUGUCGUCUUCAAUGGAACGGACUCCCUUGUCCAGCUCGAGUGUGCCACUGUCGACGAGGACGUGGUUCGGCAGCUUGCAGGAUCAGGAAAGGAGCUGGACCAGAUCCUCAAGGCCACCGAGUCUGUCAUCCGGGUUCAAGUGAAUGGCCAGCAUGGUGUUGACAUCGGUGGGAUGGAAGUGCGUGACCUCUGGCCCCAAUUAUUGCUCACAAUGCAGACAUGUCUGAGGACAAUCGGCGAGCUCAAAGAGUUCAAGGCACAUGGGCUCGGCGGAAAGUCAUUCACGGCCGAGUUCUAUGACACGAGGCGUGCCGCCGAGGCGAUCCGUCUGCUUCACAAUCAGCCUGUGGAAGCUGGAAUACUCCGCGCAGUUUACCGAAGCGAGGAUCCAUUCCAGAGCGAGCCCGUCGUGCCCACCCGUACUCCGACGGGGCAGGCAGCGCCCUUGUACACCCUUGGCUCGGCCGCCUUCAUGGCAAGCCCUAGCAGUACCUCGCAGCGCUCAGUCUCGAACCUGGCCUCAAACUCACUGUUCGACCGCUAUCAUGGUAUCUUCGCUCCACUCGACACGAACCCGACACACUCUCCGUACAGCCAGCUCACCGGCAGCAAUGGGGACCGCCUCGCGAUCGACAUCGAGCACAACCAGAUCCUGUCGAAACCCGCCGAGUGGCAGGCGUGGGGGUCACGGGCGGAUCUUCACCCUCACCAGACUCAGGCGAUUCCCAGACAGAUCACGGAGCCGGCGGCCCUACAAGGUCUCCUCAACCAGAUGGACAUCUCUGCUCGGGCUCGCCAACGCCAGGGGUGGACUGCUGCGGAUCGCCAGGCGAUCCCCGAGGAAAACCGUGUUCACCCCGAGCGCAUCCUGCACGGUAAGGGCGUAAAGAUUUGCCGAGCUGAACGGAUCACAGGCUAUGACCCUCGCACCACGGUGAUGAUCAAAGAUGUCCCUCCAAAGGUCUUGUGUCGCUCCAAAUUGACCCAGUACCAGGUCGUGCCCGAUGAGUUCGAUUUCGUCUAUCUUCGUUUCGAUUUCAACAAUCACUGCAACGUUGGGUACGCCUUCGUCAACUUCACCUCUACCAAGGCCCUGUACAACUUCAUCCUGGCCAAGGUUGGCAAAAAGUGGAAUAUGUUCUCUAGCGAGAAGGUCCUGCAAGUGUCAUACGCCAACAUCCAAGGCAAGGCGGCCCUCGUGAACAAGUUCAGGAACUCGGCCGUCAUGGAUGUCAUCGAGGAGUGGCGACCCCAGAUCUUCUACAGUUCGAACGGGACUUUCAAGGGCAAGCCUGCCGACAAUGUCGCCAUCCGCCACAGGGCUGCCUCUGCUCGUCUUUCAUUCCUCUCUGGUGAGCAACCGAUCAUGGAUCGACAGCGAUUGACCAACAGGCGCUGGACCCACCAAGCCACUAGAGGGGGGGGAUAG